ACAACGGUUAAAUAAAUUGAUUGCAUGCAACAUUGCGGGCAGGCAAUCAGCAGAUUUGUUUGUAUUUGUUUGAUAGAAUUGAGAAGUAAUAUUUUUAUCUUACGACUAUAGUUUUAUGCAUUCUAUGUAAUACAUUAUAUUUUGUGCGUUGGAAGCUUUAUAUUUAAUUAAAACAAGUAAAAUGAGCUCCAAAACUCAAGCAUUGAAGAAAAUCAAAUCCCUAUGUUAUUUAACGAUUGGUGGAUCUGUGGCCUACCAGUUUACAUACAUGAAAAAAGAUUUUAAUGGUUACUAUCAAUCAUUUCUGCAGCCUGCUAUCCAGUAUUUAAGCCCUGAAUUAGCACACAGACUUGGAGUAUCGGCUGUAAAGUAUGGUUUCUUUCCACCAGAAAAAUAUAAUGACCCAAAUAUACUUACAACCAAAUUUUUAGGAUUUGACCUUAGCAAUCCAAUUGGUAUUGCAGCAGGUUUUGAUAAACAUGGGGAUGCCAUAGUUGGUCUACGAAAUAUUGGAUUUUCUAUAAUUGAAAUAGGGUCUGUUACACCAGAACCUCAACCUGGAAAUCCAAAACCUCGUGUUUUCCGUUUACCAGAAGAUCUGGCUGUGAUCAACAGAUAUGGGUUCAAUAGCGAAGGCCAUAAUGAGGUUUAUAGCAAAAUCAAAGAUAUUGAUAAAACCAUUUUGUCAAGAGGAGUAUUGGGAGUUAACUUAGGAAAGAACAAAGAGUCUAAUGAUGCAAUUAAAGAUUACACUUUGGGAAUUAAGAAGUUUUAUGAUAUAGCUGAUUACUUUGUUAUUAAUAUCAGCAGUCCUAACACACCCGGCCUGAGAUCAUUACAACAAAGAGGAGAACUAGAGAAACUUUUAACUGAAAUAAAUAAGGAAAGAAACUCUAUUCAAGCUAAAACUAAACCUCCAUUGCUCUUGAAACUAGCUCCAGACCUCACAAAUGAUGAACUGAAAGAUAUCAUUGCUGUUGUUUCUAAGAAAGAAUGCAAAGUAGAUGGUCUUAUAAUAUCUAACACAACAAUAGAUAGAUCUUCUCUAGUGAAUCAAGAGUUUUCAAAUGAAACAGGGGGACUUAGUGGGAAACCAUUGACCAAGAAAUCAACAGAAAUGGUGAAACAAGUGUAUAAAUUAACUAAAGGAAAAAUACCAAUAGUUGGUGUUGGAGGGGUAUUCACUGGCCAGGAUGCCUAUGAAAAGAUAUUAGCUGGUGCAAAUGCAAUUCAGAUCUACACAUCAUUUAUUUACGAAGGACCACCUGUAAUCACUAAAAUAAAAUCAGAACUUGCUGAAUUACUGCAGAGAGAUGGCUACAAGAGUGUCAACGAAGCAAUAGGAAAGGCAGUGAAAUGA